AUGUCGUUAAAAAUUCGUCACUUUGCUGAGAUUGUUGUUGCGGUGACAUUAGGCUACGUUGCCUACAGGGGCAUGCAGAGUUUUUUGCGGAACGAAGUGACGAUAAGUAUCACGGAGUUGGUACACCUGCCACCCAGUGAGAGGCUGCUGGAAGUGGAUGAUGUUACGCCACUGCAGGGGGAAAUUCGAUGCGAGACAUACUUGAUGCGUAGUUAUCGCUUCCUUAUGAGGCUUUCUGCCAGCGUCAAGGCAGUCUCCAUCUCACCCCCUCCCACAUCGCGCACUCGCCACCGCGUCACGCAUGCAGCAGAGAGUGGCAGCUACAGAAGUAUGUUUUCUCAUGGGGUGAAUAAGAAGCGGGAAGGCCUUCCCAAUGUUUCCGUACAUGAUGUGCAUAGCAUGGUGGAUUACUGGGAACUCUCGCCAAAUGGCAAUGUUUACUUUACGCCUCCUUGCAUAGGAGAUGAACUGCUGAUGCGUUACGAAGCGUCAGUAAAGGCAGGUUAUUUAGUCAAUGCCGCGGUAAGGAACUGCUAUCUACAGACCGAUGAAACACCGGGCCUGAAGCGUCUCUCCUUUGACUUAGUGGUGUACGACGUUUUGCAUGCGGCGAAGAUACACAUUGCACUUCCCAAUCGCUACUGUGAUGUCGUUGCUAUCCACACCGGCGGCGUGGGAAUAAUUCAGCAGCCAAACUCAAACAAGCCACACCACUUUAUCUGGGAUAUAGGCACUGUCGACGAGACAACGUGGAUGAAAGUCAAAACGCUCUCACCAGAAGUUCUGCCGGAAGGUCGACUUGCGCGUCGCGGAUUCACCGAUGACGACUUGGCGACAGCAAUAGAGCGACAGAAAAGCGGUGACAAUGUUAGCGUCGUGGCGAAUAGUUAUCAGCUUCCCAACACAGUGGACUCGAGGUUUGACAGCCGGAGCGAGAGGUGUGAUGAUGACAAAGUUUUCGAUGGUGGUGCCAAUAAGGGGAUGCUUUGCACUCGCACGAGCUCCGGGCUUCCUGAAGGGACUCAACUCCUUAUUGCACACUUUAUUCUUGUCUUUGAGGAGCCCGAUGAGAUGGAACACGACUACGUCUCAACGGACUCAGAGAUGAACGAGGGCGAGGACGAGGGUGGCGAGUGCGACGAGGUGAGACGGCGAAAGGGUACACGAGACUCUUCUCCGGGUGGCGCUGGCAUCAGUAGAAAGGAUGCAAAACGUGAGGAACGUGCUCGUAAACGAAGAUUGCGGCGCUCAAGUGCUGAUUUGAUACUCGCAGCGGGACACGGUGUCCCCACACGCAAGCCGACGAUCGAGCUCUCCUACAGUGUUGUUGGGCUCGCCUCUGGUGUCUCCGUCCGGAAACUGCAAACAGUGAGCGACCUGCCGAAUUGGAUUCCACGCUCGUUCUUUGACUCCUGGGUGCUGCAGUGGAUGGUUCCUGGCAUUCAGCAGCUGCGCCUGGGGAAGUACGCCCAUUACACCUCGUGGUUUGUCCAGCCCGUCCCUGUCGCGUCACUCUGA